AUGACUCGGGUUUACGACACAAGUUUGAAGUGUUCCUCUUGUCAUGAACACGGCCCCUUUGGAUGGCUGUAUCAGUGCUCGCAGGAUCGUGAAGAGAUGAUUGAAGAGAAGCUGUCAUACAUGGAUUAUCUGGAUUACUCCUUUCGUAAGAAUAUGGGUAUUCGAAAAGGCAGUGCAGAAGCUCGGCGAGACAAGCUCAGUUUCCUUGAUGGGCUCACUCCUAAACAAAUGGCUUCAUACCGACCGGACCAGAUCGCAACUAUCUUGAGACAGCGGGAAGAGUUGAAAAACGUCAUUGCGAAGGAGGAGUUUCGAAAAAGCAGCUCAGCUUUGUUCAGUACUGUUUCUCCACCCCCCGGCUUCGACGUUUCAUUAAACAACAAUCCCUCUGCUGGGCGCUGGAUAUAUGACGCGGAACCUGAAUGCCACUACAAAAUCUGCCCAAGGUGCCGCCCUAUAUGCGCCGAUCGCGCAUUCCUGAGUCUCAACGCAGUCGCCAACGGAGAGAUACCCCCAACUGCAGCAGCCGGCUAUGGAUUUGAAUCCUUACACGGAAGGCCAGUUAUCGCCAAAGUUGUUAUUAAGCAUAUCAACGAGCAUCGGCCAAAACCACAGGUUGGUAGUCGUCGAAUGAUGGAGCUGCUUGACGAGAAAAUCGCCCGUAUGCUUAUUCACCACAGCCAGGACCAAGACCGACAUUUUCGGAACGUUUUUAGGAGUACGGUCUUGGCACCUAGCCCAGCAAGGCAGAUACCCACCGCGAGAAACGUUGCGGCUGCGAGCCAACGUAUCCGUGAAGAGGAAGAGGUCUUGUCUAAAGCUGCUCGAGAUGAGCAAAAAGCUGUGGACACGAAGGCCUCCAGCUUGCCGGGGAGUCCUUGGCCAUGGCUAGCUGCGUUUGACAAUGCGAAUAUACCUGACUCUCUUGAGGAGGAGCAGACUCCGAGGCAGUCCUCACGACAAAGGUCGCGAGCCACACGUAUUCCACGUCCGACUACUCCCGGUUCGAGAUCUACACGGCGUCGCCUGACUGAUCAACUGUUGUUUAGUACAUCUUACCUUCUUCCUUCCGAAGGAAAUCCCUGGCGUCUUCUUAUCGAUGGUGAGAAUGCCGGAACGACGUCAUCUACCCAUCCCCACAGUUCACAGAACACCGACUCUCAAGAAAACGAGAAUAAGAGCGAUUUUCAAGAGCGUUCAUCCACGCCCCCAACUUUAGAGGAUGGUGUGGCUUUGACGGAGGAGAGCAUUGAGAUUAGAGUUCCUGAUGUGGUAACUCAAGUGUGA